CAGGGCUUACAAAACAUUCAAAAAAGAAACAUAGGCACUGGUAAUGAGUGAGAGCAGUAAAUUACUGCAAAUAACACUAUUUUAUUAAAUCCGAAAAAGGAAGAAGGAAUUGAAGAAGAAGAAGGAGUUGAAGUGUGACACAUUCCUCUCUCCUCCAUCAGUUUCCGCUAAUUUAUCUCUCCUCUUCCCAAUAUUCCCAUACCUCUCUCUUUCUCUCUCUUACUUUUCUUUUGUCCUUCAAUCGAGAGUAAUUCGCUUUUAUUCGAUACAAAUUUCGAAAUCGGAACCCACCACCACCACCAUCACCUCAAGCCCUACAACAGAUCUAACGGUUCCUCUGAUUAUUGUUUCUGUUUCAUCGUGAAAUCAAAAAUUCAUCUCUAAGCUUUGUUUCUGGGGGAUUAUUAUUCUAUGAGUCAUAUCAUCAAGACGUAGAAGAAGAAGAAGAAGGCAAAUGCUGGCAAAAUGGAGAAGGAAUUUGAUUCGAAGCUUGUCCUUCAAGGCAAUGGCGGAAGUGUUUCUAGGAGCAAGAGCUUCUCCUUCAAAGCUCCUCAAGAGAACUUCACCAUCCAGGAUUUCCAGCUCGGCAAGAUCUACGGCGUUGGCUCCUACUCCAAGGUUGUUAGGGCAAAGAAGAAGGAGAGUGGAACUGUGUAUGCUUUAAAGAUUAUGGACAAAAAAUUCAUAACAAAGGAGAACAAAACAGCUUAUGUAAAACUCGAGAGGAUUGUUCUUGAUCAGCUUGACCAUCCUGGGAUCAUCAAACUCUUCUUCACUUUUCAAGACUCUUUCUCACUAUAUAUGGCACUUGAAUCUUGCGAGGGUGGCGAGCUUUUCGACCAAAUUACUAGAAAAGGUAGACUAUCUGAGGAUGAAUCUAGGUUCUACAGUGCACAAGUUGUGGAUGCUCUUGAGUAUAUACAUAAUAUGGGACUCAUACAUCGUGAUAUCAAGCCGGAGAAUCUGCUGCUGACUUCAGAUGGGCACAUCAAGAUUGCUGAUUUUGGAAGUGUGAAGCCGAUGCAAGAUAGCCGGAUCACAGUUCUUCCUAAUGCUGCUUCUGACGAUAAGGCGUGCACUUUUGUCGGAACUGCUGCUUAUGUUCCUCCUGAAGUUCUCAACUCUUCUCCCGCAACUUUUGGAAAUGAUCUCUGGGCUCUCGGCUGCACUAUCUACCAAAUGCUUUCAGGGACUUCUCCUUUCAAAGACGCAAGUGAAUGGCUGAUUUUCCAAAGAAUUAUAGCCAGAGAUAUAAAGUUCCCAAGUCAUUUCUCAGAAGCAGCAAGAGACCUCAUUGACCGGUUGCUGGAUACUGAUCCAAGUAGAAGACCAGGUGCUGGAUCAGAAGGUUAUGCUGCUCUUAAGCGACAUCCUUUCUUUAUGGGAGUUGACUGGAAGAAUCUAAGGUCUCAGACUCCUCCAAAGCUAGCCCCAGAUCCUGCGUCUCAGACAGCAUCUCCUGAGAGGGAUGACGCUCAUGGUUCUCCAUGGAACCCGACUCAUAUUGGAGAUUCUUCAGCCGCACAUAACGAUGGGCACAGUGCUCCUUCCACACCUUCUGAAUCAUCGGGUUCCAUAACACGGCUUGCUUCAAUAGACUCUUUUGAUUCGAGAUGGCAACAGUUUCUGGAGCCGGGAGAAUCGGUCCUGAUGAUAUCAGCUGUGAAGAAGCUUCAGAAAAUAACGAGCAAGAAGGUGCAGCUAAUACUAACCAACAAACCCAAGCUAAUCUAUGUUGACCCGUCAAAGCUAGUUGUAAAAGGGAACAUCAUCUGGUCUGAUAACUCGAAUGACCUCAACGUUGUAGUCACUAGCCCUUCUCACUUCAAGAUUUGCACGCCGAAGAAGGUUUUGUCAUUUGAAGACGUGAAACAGAGAGCUUUGGUGUGGAAAAAAGCAAUCGAGACUCUACAGAAUCGCUGAGAGAAGCGCUCCUGUUGGGAAGAAUGGUUCUGUUGUUUCUACAUUUCUUUGUGUUUCUUUUCUUUUAAAGAUAUGAACUGAACAAACUCGAUUCAUCAGAUGUUCUAUACCAUAGCCGACAAAAGAAAUGUUUACCAUACCCAACUUUGAAAUAUACCACUUCCACAUUCCCACAA